AUGCCAAAGCAAAAGCUUAAGCUGCCGCGUGGGCCGCAAGGCCGGCUUCCAUCAUCCUCUACUGAUCCAAACCGAGGUAACCGCAUACCUGGAGGUGGCGGUUGGGGUCGAAGUCGCGCUACCGUUAAACGAAUACGGAUGUAUGCUCGUCCCGCUUAUGAGCGAGACCGCAACGGACGCAUCCAGCAUGAUCGUGGCGACCUGACGAGUUCGGUCGUGAAAGAACCCGGUGCGGGUCGAAUCGCUCCAAAUCGUCGUUGGUUUGGAAAUACUCGUACAAUUGACCAGGAGAGUCUCCAGACUUUUCGAGAGAGCAUUUCAGGUGCAGAGCGCGAUCCAUACACGAUAGUUCUGAGACAACGGCAUCUACCGUGGACGCUCAUCAAGGAAGGCAUGGAAGCGAGAGACGUUGAACGUUUUGAACAUGCCGCAGGCAGGGCAAACCUGCGGUCGCAUGCAUUGGCGGAAGGCUCGGAAAUGACAAGGGGAGUACGGUUCAAGUCCUCUCAGGCGCUGCUUCGUUUGGAGCCUUUCGCUGAAACAUUUCACCAACGUCGCUGGAGAAAGCGACCGCGAAUCGCCUUCGAUAGUAUAGAAGAACUGGCGGAAAGCGUUCGAGAUACUGCCACAACUGCAGCCGCGGCCGCCGGUGCUGCUCAAGCCACCACUGCGGAGCCUGGCGCUGGCAGCGAAGAGCCGAGACCCGAGGCAGGCCCAGAUACAUUGCGAUCACGCAGUCUGCCUCCAGUACCAGGAGCCGAACGGUCUACAGCAGGUUCAUUGAAACAGCUUGCCUCGGAGCAGGUUCCUGAGCGCAGCAUCGAUGCACUGGGCAAGACGGCGUACACGAAAGGCCAAAGCCACCGCAUCUGGUCGGAGUUGUACAAAGUCAUAGAUGCUUCCGACGUGGUGCUGUUCGUGCUCGAUGCUCGGGAUCCACUCGGCACCCGUAUACCGCUCAUUGAAAAUAUGCUCCGCAAAGAGCAUGCUCACAAACACUUGGCUUUCGUUCUGAACAAGUGCGACCUGGUGCCAAAACAUGUCACUGCUGUCUGGUUACGUCUCCUGAGCCGUGAGUAUCCCACCGUUGUUUUUCGUGCAAAUGACUGCAAACGCGCAUUCGGGCGUGGAGCGCUCCUACAGCUACUCCGGCAGUUCGCGCGCCUGCAUCGCAAAGAUCGCCAGUCCAUCACCUGCGGUCUCGUGGGCUACCCUAACGUUGGCAAAUCGUCCAUCAUCAAUGCUUUGCGGAAGGAGAAGGUGGUGCGAGCCGCCCCUAUUCCCGGAGAGACCAAAGUCUGGCAAUAUGUAACCCUUUUCCGUCGUGUGUACCUCGUUGACUGCCCAGGGGUGGUGCACGCGCGCCUCGCUGGACACAUGGACGUCUCUGACAUGGUGCUUCGCGGUGUUGUUCGGAUUGAGAGCCUCCGCGAUGAUGCGGAGCGGCAUAUACCGCGUCUGCUUGAACGAGUCAACCGACAUCAUCUCGAAGCUGUUUACCGAGUGAGCCUGGAUGGAUGCGACGCCGACGGUUUUCUCGACGCUAUCGCCCGGGCUCGCGGCAAACUUCUUCCUGGCGGUGAGCCCGAUCGCAACGCUGCAGCCAAACUGCUCAUUCAUGAUUUCAUUCUGGGUCGACUGCAAUGGUACGUCGCACCGCCGGCGAUGCCCUCCUCAGUGGCGAAGGCAAACGCAGUGCUCUCUCUGGACGGCAGCGCUCGCGCCUCUGUCAUUGGUACGAACGCGGUUGAGGUGUCGUCCGCUGGCGACGAUCGGAACUCGCAAAUGCAACGCCAUACAGGGAGCAAUGCUGGCGUCUCGAGUCCCGGAUCAGAAGCGCUUGACAUGGACGAAAGACGAGCCCACUCUGGAUCAGCGGCCACCCGCCCGCUGGUAGAUGGAGCUGAUCUGCUCCUGCACGAUCUACUAGCCGAACAGAGUUUCGAUGAAGAUGAUGAGGCUCCUGAGGCGCUGUCUGUGUUUACGACAACGAAUACUAGCCGAGAUACCAGCGCUGGAACGCAGUUCACACCGGAUGCAGCGGAUAGUACUGCGGGGACAUCGUCACCAGUCCGAGUCUCUGAAACUGCCGAGCGGUCCAUCCGAAAAGCCCGGAAAAAGUCAACAUCAACGCGAUCGAAGCGGCGUGCAGGUCGUCUUUCCAAGCGGUUGCGUCGGCUGGCAGAGUGGAAUACGGAGCCCGUGCUGCAGGCAAAUCUCCAACGGACAUUGCAGAAAACCGAGCCCAGGGUCCAUUAA